AUCAGCUGAUCCUCCGUAGACAUCUUUCCGAGUCACGACUGCAGCGAUUAAUUCAUACCUCUUCGUCUAUCAAUUUCGGGCCCCAACAGCUGCGACCAUGGCGCUCAGCGAUGCCGACGUUCAGAAGCAGAUCAAGCACAUGAUGGCCUUCAUUGAACAGGAGGCCAAUGAGAAGGCAGAAGAAAUUGACGCAAAGGCCGAGGAGGAGUUCAACAUCGAGAAAGGCCGGCUGGUCCAAACCCAGAGGCUGAAGAUCAUGGAGUACUACGAGAAGAAGGAGAAGCAGAUCGAACAGCAGAAGAAAAUUCGAAUGUCAAAUCUGAUGAACCAGGCCCGACUGAAGGUGCUGAAGGCCCGGGAUGACAUGAUCUCGGAAAUGCUGAGCGAGGCCCGCCAGCGGCUCGGGAACAUCGCAAAGGAUCCAGCCAGGUAUUCGGCGCUGCUGGACGGCUUGAUCCUACAGGGAUUAUACCAGCUCCUGGAGAGCAAAGUGACUAUUCGCUGCCGUAAACAGGACUUUCAGAUGAUACAGGCCUCCAUCCAGAGGAAUGUUCCUAUCUAUAAAAUGGCCGUGAAGAUCAACAUGGAGGCCCGCAUCGACCAGGACAACGUCCUCUCCCCCGACAUCUCUGGAGGAGUUGAGAUCUUUAACGGCAACGGGAAGAUCAAGGUGGCCAACACCCUGGAGAGCCGACUGGAUCUCAUGGCUCAGCAGAUGAUGCCUGCAAUCCGAAUGUCUCUCUUCGGCGCCAACCCGAACCGCAAGUUCUUGGACUAAAGACCCCCCCUCCCCCCCGUACAUAUUGGAGGAAAAACAAACCUCCUUUGUAUUUUUUUAUUUUGCCACAUGAAGUCAUUCCUCCUCCGUCUGUGAAACGAAUUAUCCGAUGCGAAAAAGAGACGCGUCGUCAUCGUCGUGUGAUGUGUUGCUGUAUAUUUCUGUGCAUUAAGGGACGUUACAGAUGUGCAUUGUGGGUACUGCAGUUUACUCCGCUGCCCCCCCCCCCCCCUUUUCAGGGUCUCGGUUUACACUGAUUAUUCGGGGCUGACGGGAUGUUGUGAUUGGCUGGAUGCAUCCACGGCGCGCCACGCUUUCAUUAGACCUCCGCCCUCGGGUUUGGGGGCGCUGUGUUGCUAUUGGCCGCCUGCGCCAACCAAUUAACAGAGAAGAUGAGAGGUAUCCGUGAAUCGUAACCGAAGCCCGUACAUGACCUUUACAGAGUUUAAUUUAUUGCUGUGCGUUAUUCUGUCAUGAAUUAAAAACGAGUGGGUGACAUCAUUCCAGAGUAUGUAUAUGAGUUUUUCAGAUUAAAUUAUACGUAUGUUAUUGUAUUUUUUGGUUUUUUCGUUCUUUGUGUCUUAAACUGAUGAGAUGUGAUAUUGUGGGAAAAUGUAAAACGCAUUAAAGUAUAAAUCAUUAGUA